UGUUUAAAGCACUAGUCCUUGACGAUAAUGAACUUCUCGGCUUAUAUAAUGGGUUUCACUCUCUUACUUGGUCAUCUGGUGUUCUCUUCAGUCGAUAACAUCGAGGUCCACCCCGCAAACAGCCAUCAUGCUGAGUGUGGUAUUUCUUGUCGCUACCUGCACACUGGCCGCUGCUCUUCCUAAGCCAGACAUUAUCGUCGUCGACCCCGAACCUGCACGCUCUGACUUCAUCGCCUACGGUCAAGGCGACACUUUCGUCGACAGUGCACUGAAAUCCAAGAUGGGAGACGAAGGACCAGGCGAGAGCAGAGCUCAGGUCUUGGGUCUUCUGGCCGGAGAAGGAACAUUUGGCUCCAAGUCAGAAACUGUUUUAGAUCUUCCUCAAGGAGCAGGAACUUCUGGAGCUGGUGAGUAUGCUGGAAUAAACAAAGGCUUCGGAGGAGGCUUCACAGGCUCGAGUGACGUCAGUAGUGUGGAAAACCAAGGAUCAAGAGCUCUCUCCAACCUCCGUGGACGCCACAGGGGAUCUGGCAUUGUAGGUGGUAGUUCUGGUGCCAAAGCUAAAGAAGGAAUUCUCAUUGUUCCUGUUUAAACAGCUGACUGCUGAGGGAGCAGCAAGGGUAACCAGAUGUGUCACCCUCUUCUCCAGCUCUUAAGAUAACAACGCGCACACUAACAUCGACACACAUGACAUCCAAAACUUUAAGAGCCUCUGAAUACUUCGGAAUUCUAAAUAAUUUCCAGUAAUAAAUAUAUUUCUACACUUCAGAACACCAGAAGCUGAUUAACACUUGAAACCGGGAAUCUGUGGACACCUGAACACCAGAUCACUAGGAACUAGCGAACACCUGAACACUAGGUCACCAGGAACUAGGGAACACCUGCACAACGUGAUCGUCUGGCACCUGAACACCUAGUGACCAGGAACUAGCGAAAACCUGCACACCGUGAUCGCCUGGCACCUGAACUCCAGGUGCCCAGAAGAUCACAUGCAAAUCAUAGCAAAAUAACAAUUACAGAUUUCAUGAUGUCACAUUUCCACACAGUUGGACAUCUAAAUUUUCCACGGAUUAACUAAAAGGUCUUUACGUACCGCCGGGACCUUCUCCAUGGUGGUCGUAUUAAUAUAGCUCUGUAGAAGACACAAAAAUAAAUGAAAAAUAUUAAA